CCCCCACCCUGAUUUUCUUUCUGUUUCUCUAGGAUGGAUGAUAUCCAGUUAUGUAAGGACAUCAUGAACUUGAAGAAAGAGCUGCAGAAUUUAGUGGCAAUCCCAGAAAAAGAGAAGACAAAGUUGCAGAAGCAAAGGGAAGAUGAAUUGAUUCAGAAGAUCCACAAACUGGUGCAGAAAAGAGACUUCCUUGUUGAUGACGCCGAAGUAGAGAGAUUAAGAGAGAAGGAGGAAGACAAGGAGAUGGCGGAGUUCCUCCGGAUCAAGUUGAAACCCUUAGACAAAGCCGUGCGAUCUCCAACUAGUACGCCAGCAGAGAAGAAGGCGGAGCCCCCUCCUCUUCCUCCAAACAAGCCCACCAUUGCGAAAGCAGGAAUCGCUAUCAUUAAGGAUUGUUGCGGCACCACCCAGUGCGCCAUCAUGUAGCUCCCUCGUCACGGGGCACCGCCUCCCCCCCUGCCCCCUACGCACUCAACCCAACAGACGGGAAAACUGUGGACGGAAGAGGACUUUUAAGCAUCCAGAUAUCUUGAUAGUAGAGUUUCCUGUACUGUUUUUUUACAGUAACUGUUGUGUACUGAAUGUACCUGUCGGUGACUCCUUCACUGUUGCACGGAUCACUCAGUGAGCAUGCCUAGGUUUAAGACAAGGAGUAUAUAUAUAUAUAUCUAAGUAUAACUGUAUCUCCAGGAGAGGGAAAGACUUGUAUAGGAAAAAGAGAGACAGACAGAUACUAGGGAGAGGGCUCACAGGUAACAGGCAGGUACCACUUUUUAUCCUUAUAUAUAGAUCUGUGUGUAUAUAAGAUAUGUAUAUGGGGAGGAAAACACCCCCCCACGCCCUCUGCCAGCUGUGAAAUAGAAAAUCAUACCAAGUAAUAUGUAGAAUAGCAAUUUUAAUAGUCUGUGCGUAGAAUAGGAUGCGCUCCACACUUCUUUCCGUUGACAAGACAGCAUUUGCUCCCGUGGGCAGAAUAAAAACAUGGCAUGGCAGCUCCUUUUAGCAUCUACAUAAUGAAUAAAUAUUGUAAAUAGGACAAGGCA